UGCAAAAUUGGAAACAGACUUUGGGUUUGAUGUGUAGCGUCGUGAUAUUCUACUUGUGUUUUAAUUAACAUAUGUACAAGUGCCAUAAUGGGGCAGUUUCCCUUACACAGAUUAAGCCAAAUCCUGGAUUUAAGCUAAACUUAAUCUGGAUCUGGGGAACUGCCCCAAUAUUUUAACUCUUAUUAGGGAUAAUUGUUAAGUAUUUUUUUGUCAUAAUGUGUAUGCCUCUUUGGCACAUGCGUGCGUGUGGGGUCAGCCAGCACUAAGUUAAAUGAAAGUCAUACUGUCUGGGAGUCAGCUGGUUUUAGGCUGCGCAAAGAACAGGAGACUAGUCACAAGUCCUGUUUGAGGGGAGGGGUGUGUCUGAGUUCUUAGACUGUCUGUAUGGAACAGACAAACACACAUUCUCUUGCUCUCACACACACAGUUCUGUUCUCUUCAUCUCCCAUCAAAGCAGUUUCCCAACUGACUAAUAAAAGCAGGGUUUCACAGAGACGGACCAACUUUUCUCACGCUUGAAACCCGUGUCUAUCUAGAGCUAUACUGCUCUUGCUGCGUUGAAUGGCGUCCUGAGUCUCUCGAAUUGCCUACUACUGACUGCUCUGAGAGGACUCCUACCUCCCCCUGUCCCAGGGGGUAUGUGGUGGUUCCAGAGGGGGCUAUGUGCCCUCCCUGCAGCCUUGGUCACCUGGUCCUUGUCCACCUUUGUCGUCAGCUAUGUCACCGCUGUGCUGCUGGGCCACGUCGACCUACUAGUGCCCUACAUCAGUGAUGCCAGCGCAGUGGUUCCCGAAAGCUGUGUCUUUGGGUUCAUGCUGAGCAUCUCUUCCUUUUUAGGUGUAGCCACUGUCUAUGUGCGAUACAAGCAGGUCCAGGCUCUGGCACUAGGGGGCGAGCUUAAACUGCAUCGACUUAACUGUGCUGGCAUGGUCCUGGGUAUCAUGAGCUCAGUGGGCAUGUGCGUCGUCGCCAACUUCCAGAAAACCACCAUCAUGUCAGUGCACCUGCUGGGGGCGGGGCUGACCUUUGGCUGUGGGGUGCUCUACAUCCUGGUUCAGACAGGGGUGUCAUACCACAUGCAGCCUCGCUUCCACGGCCGAGACAUCCUGUGGGCGCGCACCGCCGUGGGGCUGUGGACAAUGGCCAGCGUCAUCAUCUCGUUUGUGUCGUCAGCCAUUCUGUAUGAUGACCUACCAGGCGUGGACGUGGACAGAAAAAUACGCUGGAGACCAGAAGAAACGGGUUACACAGCCCAUCUGGUCAGUGCUGUGGCUGAGUGGUGCCUGGCCUUCUCCUUUAUCUGCUUCUUCCUCACUUACAUCCGAGAUUUCCAGAAAAUCCAGUUGCGGGUACAAGUUGUCAUGCAGAGUAAUCACCUGUAUGACUACGCCCAUUACGACGUGAGAGAGCAUGCCCACCAUGGAGAGCAUUCGCCACUGCUGGCUGGGAGCAUCUGACUACACUGCCCCUUUCUGUGUCCACACUGCAGUCCCACCCCAGGAAAAGCAUCUCUGUGCCCCGAAAUGACUUCCGUUCAUCUCUUGCUAAAUGGAAGGUUUGAAUAGGCUGGAACAAUAAUGCAUUUGCCCACGUGAUUUGGGGUCUGUGAUUUAAGGAAAGGAGGCAAGAGGAUGCCAUUGGAGACUCAGCACUUCAUUGACUGAACUGUGUUGUGUUCAUUACGUCACACAAUGGAAAAUGUGUUUCCUUAUUGGACUAGUUCAGGCAGUCCUUCCCUGCUUCAGUUUGGUGCCUAAUGAACACAAGUAAAGAUAUUUAGUGGGUCAAGAUGUUAAUUGAAAGUGUGAUGCAUCAGCUUUGACCUACGGUCCACGAGUUAGCCUUUGCUGUAUCUGUAUUGUACAGUUUGCUGGAAACAUUUCUGGUAUUUUACUUUUCUACAAAUAAAUCUGUUUUUUAAUGA